UGAAAUUGAAAGCGGAGACUCAUGAGUGGGUCUGGCGAGUGUUAGGGAGAGGGAGGAGGGAGGGGCGCCGGCCUCACACACUACCCACACAUAUAUAAGAAGAGGUAAUGCAACAUACUGGCUUACUGUUGCUUUGCUUUAUGUGCUAUAUACUUAUCUUGGAGGGAAGGUUGUCAGGUUUCUCAGCCCAAGAUGAGGGUGGUACUCUUCCUCCUCGUCGUAAAGGUGGCGACGGCUCAGCUCUCUCUCGGCAAUGAGGUGGUGCCCGUGAUGCCAGGAAUGCCCACCAUCACCAGCCUGGACGUGCAGUGCGAGAAAGAAGGAAUGACAGUCAACGUAGAAUUCAACUUGCCUUUCAAUGGAAUCAUCUUCAGCAAGGGGCACUUUUCAAAUUCUGACUGUCGGUACGUGACGCCGGACACGGGCCAGCGUAAAUACACUUUCCGUGUCCCGAUGGAUAGGUGUGGGACAGGUGCCACCGAGGACGAUGACACCACCGUCUCCAAUGUAGUCAUUUUCCAGAUGGACCCCGAUGUACAGGAGGUUUGGGACACGGCUAAGCGGAUCUCGUGCGUGUGGACCAACAAAUACAAGAAGGCAGUGAACUUCGAGCCUCUGCAAGUGUCUAUGCUGGAUGUGGUUCAGACACGCUUCGAGGGGGAGGACGUCAAGUGUUGGAUGGACAUACAGAGAGGCACCUACCCAAACACGUAUCCUAUGGACGGUAUCCUGCGCAUCGGAGAGCAGCUUACCGUCAUGGUUUACCUGAAGGACGAGAACCGCAAGCUGGACGUGGCCGUGAAGGACUGCUGGGCCUAUGGAGAGCCAGACUUCGAGGACCCUGACACACCUAACCUGCAGCUCACAGGAGACGAUGGAUGUCCAAUACGUAAGAAACUCAUGCAUUUCUGGGCACGUACUUACGACACCUUCGACACUGGAGCGACUCUCAUCACCUACACCAACAUGUCGGCUUUCAAGUUCCCGGACCGAAUGCAGGUCUUCCUCACCUGUAAUGUGCAGAUUUGCACCAACCGAUGUGACGAGCGCUGCAUCGCUGAACCGUCAGAGAUAGUCACCUUCAUAACACCGACAGAGAUCAGCAUAACAACACCACUCACCACCAGGCGACCACCACCACCACCACCACGCUGCACGCCAGGUUCAAAAGAUCCCCGAUGUUCACCAAUCUGCAAGACAGGAUCUCUUGAUCCAAGAUGUCAACCAGUCUGCAAACCAGGAUCUACUGAUCCAAGGUGUCCACCAGUCUGUUACCCAGGAUCUACUGAUCCACGAUGUCCCAAACUUACAUCGUCCACAACCACAACGCGCAGACCAAUAACACCCUCUUCAUGCAAGCCAGGAUCUACUGAUCCAAGGUGUCGUCCAGUUUGCUACCCAGGCUCCACUGAUCCAAGGUGCUCCAAGACUACAACACCAAGACCAACAACACCAUUCUCAUGCAGGCCAGGUUCCCUUGAUCCAAGAUGUCCACCAAAAUGCUACCCAGGCUCUACUGACCCAAGGUGUCCCAAAACUACAACACCAAGACCAACAACACCAUUCUCGUGCAGGCCAGGAUCAACUGAUCCAAGGUGUCCUCCAGCCUGCUACCCAGGCUCUACAGAUCCACGAUGUCCCAAACCUACAACACCAAGACCAACAACACCAUUCUCGUGCAGGCCAGGAUCAACUGAUCGAAGGUGUCCUCCUGCCUGCUACCCAGGCUCUACUGAUCCACGGUGUCCCAAACCUACAACACCAAGACCAACAACACGCAGACCAACAACACCAUUCACAUGCAAGCCUGGCUCCACUGAUCCAAGGUGUACUCCAGUCUGCUAUCCAGGAUCUCCUGAUCGAAGGUGUCCCAAACCUACAACACCAAGACCAACAACACCAUUCUCAUGCAGGCCAGGAUCAACUGAUCGAAGAUGUCCUCCUGAUUGCUACCCAGGCUCUAAAGAUCCACGAUGUCCCAAACCUACAACACCAAGACCAACAACACCAAGACCAACAACACCAUUCUCGUGCAGGCCAGGAUCAACUGAUCGAAGGUGUCCACCGAACUGCUACCCAGGAUCUACUGAUCCGAGAUGUCCCAAGCCCACAACACCAUUCUCCUGUAAGCCAGGAUCAACUGAUCGAAGAUGUCCUCCUGACUGCUACCCAGGCUCUACUGAUCCGAGGUGUCCCAAGCCUACAACACCAAGACCAACAACACCAUUCUCGUGCAAACCUGGUUCUACUGAUUCAAGGUGUCCUCCUGCCUGCUACCCAGGCUCUAAAGAUCCACGAUGUCCCAAACCUACAACACCAAAACCUACAACACCAAGACCAACAACACCAUUCUCGUGCAGGCCAGGAUCAACUGAUCGAAGAUGUCCUCCUGAUUGCUACCCAGGCUCUAAAGAUCCACGAUGUCCCAAACCUACAACACCAAGACCAACAACACCAUUCUCAUGCAGGCCAGGAUCAACUGAUCCAAGGUGUCCUCCUGAUUGCUACCCAGGCUCUACUGAUCCACGGUGUCCCAAACCUACAACACCAAAACCUACAACACGCAGACCAACAACACCAUUCUCAUGCAAGCCUGGCUCCACUGAUCCAAGGUGUACUCCAGUCUGCUAUCCAGGAUCUCCUGAUCGAAGGUGUCCCAAACCUACAACACCAAGACCAACAACACCAUUCUCGUGCAGGCCAGGAUCAACUGAUCGAAGGUGUCCUCCUGUUUGCUACCCAGGCUCUACAGAUCCACGGUGUCCCAAACCUACAACACCAAGACCAACAACACCAAGACCAACAACACCAUUCUCAUGCAGGCCAGGAUCAACUGAUCCAAGGUGUCCUCCUGCCUGCUACCCAGGCUCUACAGAUCCACGGUGUCCCAAACCUACAACACCAAGACCAACAACACGCAGACCAACAACACCAUUCUCAUGCAAGCCUGGCUCCACUGAUCCAAGGUGUACUCCAGUCUGCUAUCCAGGAUCUCCUGAUCGAAGAUGUCCCAAACCUACAACACCAAGACCAACAACACCAUUCUCAUGCAGGCCAGGAUCAACUGAUCCAAGGUGUCCUCCAGCCUGCUACCCAGGCUCUAAAGAUCCACGAUGUCCCAAACCUACAACACCAAGACCAACAACACCAUUCUCAUGCAGGCCAGGAUCAACUGAUCGAAGAUGUCCUCCUGACUGCUACCCAGGCUCUACUGAUCCGAGGUGUCCCAAACCUACAACACCAAGACCAACAACACCAUUUUCGUGCAAACCUGGUUCUACUGAUUCAAGGUGUCCUCCUGUCUGCUACCCAGGCUCUAAAGAUCCACGAUGUCCCAAACCUACAACACCAAGACCAACAACACCAUUCUCCUGUAAACCAGGAUCAACUGAUCGAAGAUGUCCUCCUGACUGCUACCCAGGCUCUACUGAUCCGAGGUGUCCCAAACCUACAACACCAAGACCAACAACACCAUUUUCGUGCAAACCUGGUUCUACUGAUUCAAGGUGUCCUCCUGUCUGCUACCCAGGCUCUAAAGAUCCACGAUGUCCCAAACCUACAACACCAAGACCAACAACACCAUUCUCAUGCAGGCCCGGAUCAACUGAUCGAAGAUGUCCUCCUGACUGCUACCCAGGCUCUACUGAUCCGAGGUGUCCCAAACCUACAACACCAAGACCAACAACACCAUUUUCGUGCAAACCUGGUUCUACUGAUUCAAGGUGUCCUCCUGUCUGCUACCCAGGCUCUAAAGAUCCACGAUGUCCCAAACCUACAACACCAAGACCAACAACACCAUUCUCAUGCAGGCCAGGAUCAACUGAUCGAAGGUGUCCUCCUGUCUGCUACCCAGGUUCUAAAGAUCCACGAUGUCCCAAACCUACAACACCAAGACCAACAACACCAAGACCAACAACACCAUUCUCAUGCAGGCCAGGAUCAACUGAUCCAAGGUGUCCUCCUGCCUGCUACCCAGGCUCUACUGAUCCACGGUGUCCCAAACCUACAACACCAAGACCAACAACACGCAGACCAACAACACCAUUCACAUGCAAGCCUGGCUCCACUGAUCCAAGGUGUACUCCAGUCUGCUAUCCAGGAUCUCCUGAUCGAAGGUGUCCCAAACCUACAACACCAAGACCAACAACACCAUUCUCGUGCAGGCCAGGAUCAACUGAUCCAAGGUGUCCUCCUGCCUGCUACCCAGGCUCUACAGAUCCACGGUGUCCCAAACCUACAACACCAAGACCAACAACACCAUUCUCAUGCAGACCAGGAUCAACUGAUCGAAGGUGUCCUCCUGAUUGCUACCCAGGCUCUACAGAUCCACGGUGUCCCAAACCUACAACACCAAGACCAACAACACCAAGACCAACAACACCAUUCUCAUGCAGGCCAGGAUCAACUGAUCGAAGAUGUCCUCCUGAUUGCUACCCAGGCUCUACAGAUCCACGGUGUCCCAAACCUACAACACCAAGACCAACAACACCAUUCUCGUGCAGGCCAGGAUCAACUGAUCCAAGGUGUCCUCCUGUCUGCUACCCAGGUUCUAAAGAUCCACGAUGUCCCAAACCUACAACACCAAGACCAACAACACCAAGACCAACAACACCAUUCUCGUGCAGGCCAGGAUCAACUGAUCGAAGGUGUCCUCCUGUUUGCUACCCAGGCUCUAAAGACCCACGAUGUCCCAAACCUACAACACCAAGACCAACAACACCAUUCUCAUGCAGACCAGGAUCAACUGAUCGAAGGUGUCCUCCUGAUUGCUACCCAGGCUCUAAAGACCCACGAUGUCCCAAACCUACAACGCCAAGACCAACAACACCAAGACCAACAACACCAUUCUCAUGCAGGCCAGGAUCAACUGAUCGAAGAUGUCGUCCAAUCUGCUUCCCAGACUCUACAGAUCCACGAUGUCCCAAACCUACAACACCAAGACCAACAACACCAUUCUCGUGCAGGCCAGGAUCAACUGAUAAAAGAUGUCCACCGAACUGCUAUCCGGGGUCUACUGAUCCAAGGUGCCCGAAGCCUACAACACCUAGAACAACAACACCAUUCUCGUGCAAACCAGGCUCCUCUGAUCCAAGAUGUCCUCCAGUCUGCUACCCAGACUCUGCGGAUCCAAGGUGUCCCAAGCCUACAACACCAAGAACGACAACACGCAGACCAACAACACAAUUCACAUGUAAACCAGGCUCCUCUGAUCCAAGGUGCCCUCCAGUCUGUUACCCCAGGCUCUAAAGAUCCACGGUGUCCCAAACCUACAACACCAAGAACCACAACACGCAGACCAACAACACCAUUCUCGUGCAAACCAGGCUCUACCGAUCCAAAGUGCCCUCCAGUAUGCUACUCAGGCUCUACUGAUCCAAGGUGUCC